AUGGCGAGCACAUCAAAAGACAGUCCUCACCAUUUGAGGAAAAUAAGCUCUCAGCGUCUCCCACCGCCAUCUCUGUUUCAAGGCCCUCCGUCUCACAACGCAUCCAAUCUAUCACUUGCUCAGCCACCGUCGAAUGUAGGAUCUCGAGGAGCCAGCCAGCCUCCACCAUUGCAGCGCAGUCGCAUCCCUCAUGCUCAUGAUUCCUUCAGCACUCAAAGCCAUUCGCUGUCACCAUUCAGGUCGCGCGCGCAGUCAAAAGGCGAAGUGGAUAGCUCAGAUGCGAUCUGGCAGGAAAUGCAGAGUGCCCUUUCUGAGGUUGAGUUAAGCGCCGUGACUCGGGAACAUGUUUUCGGGGAAAAGCACUCAGAGGCAUUGGAGGAUCUGCGACGGAAACAGCUGACGCUCGCGCAGGCGUGGGCUCGGAGCGAGGCAGAUGAAGUGGUCGACACAUCGGAGCGCCGUCCAUCGUUGCAAGGGCAGUCUCGGAAUCCGAACGUUACAGCAGAGGAUAUUAACCAUCGGAACCUGGAUGAAGAGACUGAACGAGAUAUUCUCUUGGCACGUGAGAGGCGGGAAGCCAAUGACCGGUACUUUGAUCGAGUCAACAACGGUGUGUUGGACGUGGUGACCAAACUUGAAGAAGUUGCUCAGGCUAUGCGUGCCGUGGAGAAAGAAAGCAAGGAUAUUUGGAGUGACACUGACAGCAUGACAACUACUACGACGGCGCCGUCCACUACCAAUGCCGGGACAGAGUUAUAA